CUGGACAGAAGUCUUCACUCCGCUGAGAAAGGAGAGGGACUGUCUCCAUCAUGUCGUACUAUGAGCACAUCAACGUGGACUUCGACUUAAAUGACACAGGUUCAGGUUCUGGUUCUGGCUCUGGUGAGCUAGGGGUGGAUCUGGAGGAGCCAUGUGAGGUGGAACAUGUGAUGACCACUGAGCUUCAGCGGGUCUUCUUGCCGGUGGUCUACGCUCUCAUCUUCAUCCUGGGCAUCACCGGGAACGGCCUGGUCGUCAUCGUGCUGGGCUGCCAGCGCAGGUCAAAAUGCAGCCUCACAGACCGGUACCGCCUUCAUCUCUCAGCUGCCGAUCUCCUCUUUGUACUGGUGCUGCCCUUCUGGGCCGUGGACUCGACCCUGGCUGACUGGUGCUUUGGAGCGGCCACCUGCGUCGGUGUUCAUGUUAUUUACACAGUCAACCUGUACGGCAGCGUGCUCAUCCUGGCAUUCAUCAGCCUGGACCGCUACCUGGCAGUGGUCCGAGCCACAGACACAAACACCGGCGGGCUGAGGCAGCUGCUGGCACACAGACUGGUGUAUGUAGGUGCCUGGUUGCCUGCUGCUCUGCUGGCAGUGCCGGACUUGAUAUUUGCCAGGACCCAGGAGGGAGGAGAGGGGGCCACCCUGUGCCAGCGAUUCUACCCAGCAGACAAUGCUCCUCUCUGGGUUGCAGUCUUCCACCUCCAGCUGGUCGUGGUGGGUCUGGUGAUCCCAGGCUUGGUCCUGCUGGUGUGUUACUGCGUCAUCGUCACCAGGCUGACCCGGGGCCCACUGGGGGGCCAGAGGCAGAAGCGACGGGCGGUCAGGACCACCAUCGCGUUGGUGCUCUGCUUCUUCUUGUGCUGGCUGCCCUACGGAGCGGGCAUCUCUGUGGACGCUCUGCUGCGCCUGGAGGUCCUGCCCCGCAGCUGCAGCCUGGAGGCUGUUCUAGGUGUGUGGCUGGCGGUGUCUGAGCCCAUGGCGUUCGCACACUGCUGCCUGAACCCGCUGCUGUACGCCUUCCUGGGGGCCGGGUUCAAGAGUUCGGCCCGCAGAGCCCUCACCCUGAGCCGGGCCUCCAGUUUGAAGAUUUUACCACGAAGACGAGCUGGGGCCUCCACGACCACAGAGUCCGAAUCCUCUAGUUUACAUUCCAGCUAGUGCUGGCCCGUGCUGUUAACUGUGUGUGUGUGUGUGUGUGUGUGUGUGUGUGUGUGUGUGUGUGUAUUGUAUAUACUGUAUAUAUUGUAUGUGUGUGUUUGUGUGAGGAAGUUUACACAAAGUAUCUGAGAAAGUAAGGAGCAGUCUGCUGGUCCAUGACUGGUCUUUUCUCUCUAAAUUUUAACAAUUUUAACAUGUUUUCAGUGUUGCUGUUC